AUGGGCCUGGAUUUCCAGAUCUUCGUGUGUCAGACCUGCAGCGGCUUGCAUCGGGAGUUCGGUCACAAGAUCAAGAGCCUCUCCUUCUCCGAGUGGAGUGCUGCGGAGGUGGCCAAGAUGGAGGAAGGUGGCAAUGAGGCCGCGAGGCAGAAGUGGCUCGACAGGUGGAACCAGGAAGCCUUUCCAGAGCCAGACGGUUCUGACCUGGAAGCAGUGCGGGAGUUCAUCCGCCUGAAGUACGUGGAGAAGAAGUGGUUCCGCCCACAUGGCAAGCCAGCAGCGGAGAAGGCGAAAGAGGCCGCAGCGGCUGCGGCGAAGGUGGAAGCGGCCCCGGCUGCACCUGUGAAGGCCAGCGCCCCGCUGGAUCUGCUCUCCGGCGGCGACGAGCCGCCGAAAGUGGCGCCCGCGCCCCGCGCCGCGGCGAACGUGGCGCAGGCGCCUGACCUGCUGGGCGCCUUCGAUUCUCCGAGCACGCAGGAGUGGACAGCCGACUUCAGCGCCGCCUUGCCGGCCCCCAAGGCGACGCCCAAGGCCCCGGGUGACUUGGAGGGUCUCAUCGACCUGGACUUCAGCACAGGGCCCAGGCGCACCUCCGAAGGCAGCUCCCAAGGAUUUGUUGGGCCCCAAUGGCCAGAGCCUCAAAGCACGGCACGUGAUGCAUCAGCCGCCAUGCACCCAGACGACUCGGACGCGAACCUGCCGUCCGCUUCUGGGCUGAACUCUGACAUCGGCGUGGCUCUUCCCAUCACUUCGGAAGACGCUCCAUACCAGGCCUUCCCGGUCCACCGGCACACCUUCUCCGGCCCCCGGGGAGCCUCGCUGCACGCGGUGUGCCGGGCGAUUUUGGUGGUGGAGCUGGCAGAGCGCACCUGCUACUUCGCGCUGGCGGGCAGCCAGGAGUUCUUCUUGGAACGCCUCGGCGCUGGCGCCCAGGAGAGCGCCGGCAUAAAUGCAGCCUUCACCACCCUGUGCUACAUGUGGCCCUUGGCCGGUGGCUACGUGGCUGACACACUGUUGGGCCGCUACUGGACCAUCCUGGGUUUCUCCUUGGUCUACUUGGCAGGGGUGCUGACUUGCGCGGUGGUGGCCAUGCCGUCUUUGCAAGACAAGAGCAGCUACUUGAUGGGCAUGUUUCUGGUGGCCAUCGGCACAGGUGGCAUCAAGCCGAAUAUCUCCAAUUUCGGUGCUGAUCAGUUCGACUCCAGAAGUCCCGAGGGCCGGAAGGCGCGGGAGGAGUUUUACACCCACUUCUACAUGUCCAUCAACCUGGGCGUCUUGGUCUCCUACGGCUUUCUGACCACUCUCUGCUCUAGCGGGCUGCCGCCCUAUCUGCCAGCGCGGUAUGGGUACGCGGCGGCCUAUUCCAUCGCCUGCCUGGCGAUGCUGGUGGCACUCGUGGUGUUCUUGGGCUAUAGCAACUGCUACAGGUGUUUGCACCGCCACAUGGGCGACGCCCUGCGCGGCGUGGCUUUGCACGUGGUCUCUGCGGCCGUGGGGGGAUCCUGGCACGCGCGCUGCAUCUGCAUCGGCUGCCCGCUGCUGUUUUUGGGUCUCCUCCUCUCCGUGGCCAUCGCCUUGCUGCCCAAAACCGCCGGCCUGGGCCUCUUCGGCGCCUCCGCGGUGCUGCUGGGCCUGCUGCUGGCCACCUACGGCUGCGGCAACACCAAGUGGGUCCAUUUGGCGCAGCGGAACUCCCACGUGACGCGCCAGCAAACGGCGGACUUCUUGCGUGUGAUGCCCACACUGGCUGCGGUGAACCUAGCUUUCAACAGUUUGUACAACUGCUCGGCAUUCUGGUUCCAGGAGCAAGCCUGUCUCAUGGACGUGCGCCUCCAUGGCCCGCUGCAGCUGAACGGUUCUUUCUUCAACGUCGCCGAUGGCCUGGCCAUUGUGCUCUUCACCCCGCUGCUGCUGAACCAUGUGAACCCCUUCCUGGAGCGGAGGCUGCGGCUGGGCCGGAACGGCAAGCUGCUGCUGGGCUGCGGCCUGGGCAGCCUGUCGCUGCUUUGGGCGGCACAGCUGGAGGCCGUGCGCCGAGUUGCGCCUUUGCUGCCGGAGAGCUCCUUGUGCGCUCCGGAUGGGAACCACAUGAGUAGCUUGUCCGCCUGGUGGAUGGUUGGGCCCUAUGCUGUGAUGGGCGUGGCAGAGGUCUACGUGAACCCCACGCUCUACUACUUGGCCUACUCGCAGUCUCCUUUGAGGCUGCGCUCCAGCGCUCAAGCGGUGGGCCUGUUGAUGAGCGCCACCUCCAGCGCGCUCUUCACCAUCCUCACCGCCAUCCUGGACUCUCACAACCUAGAGCUGGAGGUUGGGUACUACGCGUCUCUGGCCAUGAUGGUCCCCUUUCUUUGCUGGUAUCUCGCUGUGCAAUCUGGCUGGGAAGAGCGACAUUUCGACGAGGAGGCGGAAUCCGAGCCCGAGGUCCCAUGUCAGCUCAACAAGCCUGUGGCUUACUCCCGGACAGGCAUGCUGCGAGACUUUGCCUCGCCUCAGAGCGUGGGAGGGAGCCCGGCCAGCUGGGUGGACCAUAGCCCGCUCUCCAGCGAAGCGAGCGCUGCGCAGAACUUCGGAGACAAUGAGAGAGAGCCCAUCUUCGGCUUGUUGCGUAAGGAGCCCAUACUCGGGUCGUUGGGCAAGGAGCCCAUCUUCGGGCCUCUUUUGGGAAGGCGAGCAGCGGAGCCCUCUGCAACGUUCCAGAGCAGACACUCCGGGUUCAUGUGCACGGAAGCUGGGACCAGUGAAAUAUCAGUCCUCGACACCAUCAAGACACAUGUGGAGGAGCCUGCCGCCGAGCCAGCGCCCACGGAUGUGGAAGCUCAGGACGCCAUGUCUUUGGGGGAGAAGCUUCGACAGGCAGUCCUGAGCGGAAGCCAAGAUGACCUGAAGCGUUUGUUCGAUCAGUGCUCCAAGGCUCCGCCCAAGAAGGCGGUGGACGAGCGGCGGCUCGCCGCCUUUUCGGCCUUCGAUGAUCUUUUAAAGCCCUCCGAGGAGGUGGUCGCGGCUGCUGGCGAUUCUGGGUAUCCUGGUGCCGAGCCGAGGCCAGUGCCCAGCGAAAACCAGGAGCCAGUCGAGACAGCGAACGGUGCGGGCCCCCAGAUGUUCUUCAUCGGCGACGAUGCGCAGGUCGAAGAUCUCCUUGGCUCUGCCUCUGCGUCGGCACCAUCUUCCACGCCUGCGCCGGCGCCGGCGCCGACGCCGACGAGUGCCUCGCGUAUGCCAGCCGGACUACAGAGCCUGGCCAACAACCUGACGCCCCACCAGUUGGAGCAGAUGUCCCCGCAGGACCUGGUCCAACUCCAGGCAAUGAUCUCUUCGGCGCUGCAGGCCAGAGCACCACCGGCGGCACCUGUGGCAGUGCCAGGCCCCUCCCCUGCGGCCUGGCAAGCCACGGCCUACCGGGCCCCCAGCCACCGCAUCGACUCCUUCGACAUGAUGCGGGGCCCCGAGUCCAGAUCGGUCGAUUUCGCCCGGAAAAAAGGCGAAGCAGGCGGCACAGUGCCGGCGCAGGGUUUGGACUGGGACGGCUCUUUCCUACGGAACUCCGUGCAGACUGCAGAGCUGAGCGAUGUUGCUGCAAACCUCCUACGCGACCGUUUGGGCCUGCAUGGCGCGGAUGCCAAUGGAUCCAACACGAACCAAUCGAACUCCUGGCAGAAGGCGAAGAGAGCGCAUGACGCAGACGAGCACCUGGCGGCGGAUAUCAAAGACACCAACAAGAUGCCCAACCCAGAAGGCGAGCACUCAGACCUCGAAAACCGCACCGGCUUCGGGGACCUGGGGAAGACUUUGCAGUUCAUGUACUUGAAGAUUGCCGAGCUUGAAACCGCGAUCGAGCUGCAGGGCAUCGAGUUUCGCACGGCCCACAUCGACGCGCAAAAAGAGAUCCACACGCUGAAGGGCCGCUUGGACCAGAAGGAGGCAGUUUUGCAGCAGCUCAAGACCCAGCUGAAGCGCCACGCCACGCUGGCGCAGCAUGGGCAUGAGGAGCUGGAGCUGGAGGAGCCCAAGAUGGAGCACAAGCACCUGGAGGCAUUUGCCGCCAAGGCCAAGGAGAUGCACCAGGAACAUCUGCAAAAGAUGGAGGCAACGGCGCCGGAGCUGCUGAAGGACAUCAUGCUGAAACUCCAUCGCCAGCAUCGCAAGGACUGGACGGUUCAGAAGCAAGUGCCGAAAGGACCGAAGGAACGCCUGGUCGAAAGCCUGGUCAUCCACAAUGUGGGGAAUGCCGCCGACAGGGGGCAGACCAUUGUGGACAACGCCGACGUGGCAUUCGUCGCCAACACAGCCAUCACCACGGCGAACUCGGCCAUCGCCACGGCGGAGCAGGCGGUGGCCAACUUGCAGCGCGUUCUUAGCGGGUCAUGUCCGCAUUUCGAUUUCCCAACUUUGGACGUGUCCGAUACGUCCAUCAGCAUCAACUUCGGAAGGCAGAUGUGCCAGAUCGAGGUGCUGGAUGAGAGCCUCAGGAUUUUCGAUUUCAACUUCGGCUCGGUGACUGUGGAUUAUCCGGCCCCCAUCGCUGCCAUGAUAUCCAUGGGCCGGAACCUGGUGAACUGCAUGACCGGUGAAGGCUUCGACAUCUUCAAGUGCGUGGCGAAAACCAUCGGGGAGACCCUCCUUCAGGUGGUUCCGCCUUUCAGCAUGCUCACGAAUCUCCCAUCGAUGAUGCUCUCGGAGUUCCUGGGCUUCUUUGCACAGCUGGCCUCCGCGGCCAUCACGCAGGCCAUCGGGGAGACCACCUCCCUGGUGCAGGAAGCUGCAAGCCUCUCGCAGUUCCCUGCCAAAGGCGAUGCCCCGAAGCUGGUGAGCCGCCGCGGCGGCCUGGCGGCGCAUGUGCACCGCAGGGAGACUUCACGCAAGGUGAUCCACAACCAGCGCACCUCCCUUGCGCAGACAAAGGCCAAGCGCAGAGCGGCAAAGGAAGAGCCAGAAGAAGGGCUGGGCGAGGGCGCCAUUGCCUUUGGCACCACGGAGGCGACGCCUUAUGCCUCGCAGCUCCUCACGCAGUUCGCUGGCGACGAGUUUGACUCGGGCUCCUGCCUGGCCUUCGCGCCGGCGCAUCGCAGCGGCUCCUACGGCAGAGUCACCAAACGGGAUUGGCAGGUACCCAGCCCCGACCACCCGGACUUUGUGAAGCUGGAGCCUUGGGGUGUGCCCUGUGAUAACCAAUGGGCCAAGGACAACCCCUUCAAGUGGGAGGGCUACUCCUUCUACGUCCACGAGUCCGUCAUCGAGAAGUGCGUGGCUGUCUCAUACAGCAUGUCCGCCCAGCCUGUCUUGGCCUUUGUGGGGGGCCUGGAGUUCGAUCUCAUGCCGGCACCUUUGAUGGAGGUGACCACCGAGGUCUGUUGGCCGGACAAGGUGGACCAACCGGACCUCAGCCUCCUCAUCACCACCAUGAGCACGAUGGGGAUCACCCUGUUCAAGCACAGCAUUCGGCUGCACAAGCGCUUUGGUCCCAACACCGACUUCAAAGCUGGCCGCAUCAAGGAUGCCAUCGAGACUGCGAAGAGCGCAUUUGGCAAGGGUGACGACAACGACGACGGGGAGGCCUUCCAGCCUAUGGACCGCGAGGCUUUGGCCCAGCAGAACGCCAGCCGGGCGCGGCCCGCGGCCGGCGCUUCGAGCGCUUCGAGCGCUUCGCCACAGACCGAAGGCAGCGAAGGCACCGAAGGCACUGAAGGCGGCGAGCCCAGCUUUCAUCCGGAGACAGAGGAGCUCUAUUUGGCCUCGGCCCGGUAUGACGAGACCGGGGUGCAUAUCACCUCGAACCUCACGGGCCACGAGGCGGCCAAAGCCGCGCGCGCCGCACUGGGGGCCCUGGGGGCCUUGCAGACUGAGGCAGAGGCCAAGGAUGAGGACGGUUUAGGCAACCACGAGCUCUUCGAGCUGGGCAGUCCUUCCGGGGCCUUGGUGGGCUUCAGCGUCAAAGGCCUGCUGUCGGCGGGGGUUACGCAGCUGCAGGUCCAGAUGAAGUUCGGACCCCUGGAGUCCCCCACGAAGACCAUCGACCUGGUGAAUCUCGUGGAUCAGCUUCGGGUCAUCCUCAGCGCCAUCCCCUAUGUGUCCCAGGCAUCCAAGCAGAAGGCCAUAGAUGCGCUGUCCGACACUCACUUGGAGGCCCAAAUCCCCGUCUCCGACUUCUCGGAGGUUUUGAACAGGGCCAGCGGCUGGAACGAUCAUGACGACCCGCACUCCGGCGCUGUGGUGCGAAAGCAGAACGGCAUGUGCUCAGUCCAAGCGCUUUUGCAGAAGACACCUAACGCCAAGUGGGGCCUUCUGGCGACGCUGCCGGAGGAGUGCCGCCCGGACCAGGAUUUGCUCUUCAGCGUCAACAACAAUGACAACCCGGCAAGGGUGGACGUGAGCCCAGAUGGACGGAUCACGUGGCACUCAGGCGGCUCCGGCUGGAACUUUAUCAGUCUGAGCAACAUCGUGUUCGCGCCCAGCUCGGGCGGAUGGCCCUUGAAGUUGGAAAAUGGUUGGGUCGAUUUUGGGUGCCUCGGAAAGGAACGGGAGCAGCGCGUCUCUCUCUCUCCCUCCCCUUCUUCUCCCUGUCUCCCCUCUCCCUCUAGGGGGGGAGAGUGA